ACACACACUAAUUGAAGCUAGCCUAGCUUUACACAGAAGAAGACUUGCCUCAACCUUACCUGCUCAAGGUGGGGGUCAAAUGAAAGAAAGAAAGCAAGAAAGUUGAGAGAAAAAAGCUAAAAGCUUUAAAGCAUCUCUUCAAGCUCAUUAGGCUUCAUACAAUCCUCACUCCCUGCACAAACCAUCUCUCUCUCCCUCCCUCUCCCAUCUCUCUCUCCCUCUCCCUCCCAUCUCUCUCUCUCUCCCCUCUGGCCUUAUGUGAGAAUAAAGCUGAUACAAACACUAGCUCCACCCACUUCAUCAACAGAUUUGAUUGUUCUUCUUGCUUUUCAGGUUUAGCUCAGACCCUGAAAAAAAAAUACAUAUAUUUGAGUUUUGAAUUAGCCUCCAUGUUAGAGAAUAACCCCACUGCUUCCACCGGCCCAUCUUCUUCUUAUGCUUUCGCUAAUUCGUCCGAAAAUGCCCGUAGAAAAAGAAGACCUGCUGGGACUCCAGAUCCGGAUGCUGAGGUGGUUUCCUUGUCACCGAAGACGUUAUUGGAAUCCGAUAGAUAUGUGUGUGAGAUCUGCAACCAAGGAUUUCAGAGAGACCAGAAUUUACAGAUGCACCGGAGGAGGCACAAGGUACCAUGGAAGCUGCUAAAGAGAGAGUCACCAGAGGUGAGGAAAAGGGUGUUUGUGUGCCCUGAACCGAGUUGCCUGCACCAUGAUCCUUGCCACGCACUGGGAGAUCUUGUGGGGAUUAAAAAACACUUUAGAAGAAAACACAGCAAUAACAAACAGUGGGUUUGUGAGAAGUGUUCUAAAGGCUAUGCUGUUCAAUCUGAUUAUAAGGCCCAUCUUAAAACUUGUGGCACCAGAGGCCAUUCUUGUGACUGUGGUCGUGUCUUUUCCAGAGUCGAGAGUUUCAUUGAGCACCAAGACGCCUGCAAUAUUCGCAGAAUCCGACCUGACCACUUACAGGUAACAUUGCAGCAGCAGCAACAGGCCUGCUCAUCUCGUACAGCUUCCAGCACAAGCCCUUCUAGUGAUACAAAUUUCACGAAUUUCGCAGCAUUGUCCAGAUCAUUCUCAAUUCCAAGAACGAAUAUUAGCCCUACUGAUCAUGACCAUCUAAGGUCAGAUCGCGACAAUCUUGAUCAAUCCCCUACUGAUCAUGAUCAUGUUCAUGAUCAUCAACAUAACUUGGAACUCCAGCUAUUACCCUCAUCAUCAAACGUGCAGACAUGUUCAUUUUACAGUAACCGCAAUGAUAAUGAUUCCACGCAUCUGAAGCUCUCUAUUGGAACAUCAUCAUGCAGUACUAGAAGCAAUGAGAAGAUGAAGAAUGAUCAUUUAGGUGGAAGUGAGGAACUAAAGAACGCGCUGGCGGAGAAGGCCUUGGCAGAAGAAGCAAGGAAGCAAGGGAAGCGACAGAUUGAAUUGGCGGAAAUGGAGUUUGCUAAUGCUAAAAGGAUUCGACAAGCAGCACAGGCUGAGUUAGAGAAGGCUCAGAUUUUGAAAGAGCAAGCUACAAAGAAAAUAAGCUCCACCCUGUUGGAAAUAACUUGUCAUGCUUGUAAGCAACAGUUUCAAGCAGCCAAGCCAAGAAAUAAUGGUGCUACUGCAGCUAGUCAUGUUGUUGCUGAGGAUCAAACUUCUCUGGCAAUGAGCUAUAUGUCAUCAGCUAUCACAGAAGGUGAAGGCCAUUUGUAGUUUUAGUAGUAUUAUCAUGUCACUUUUUUCCAACUUUAAAAAGUUCUUUUUUUCUUGAUCUUUUUGUUUAAUUGUAUGUAAGUAUGUACCUUCCCUUGUUUGAUUUGCAAAUCAUACCUUGAUUAAUGGUGGAGGGUUGUAAGUAAUUUCUCAAUUAUAAUCUCUAUUUUGUUAAAUAUA